AGAGAGGAGAGGAGGUGGUUGCCGGGCCGGGCAGAGAGGCGCUGGAGGAGGCGGACCGCCCGGGGCUGUGGGGCGCGGAGCGGGUACGGGACAGCGAGGAGCAGCCGGCACGGCGGCCACGGCAGCCAGCGCCCGGGCCACGGAGCGGCCGCGCCGGCCGAGACCUGGUAAAUGAUAGCCCCAGGUUUGGCGUUUGCUCCUAUUUGCCCAGGUUUUCCAAAGCUGACCAGCUGUUGACACGGCCCCAGAGGAAAAGAUUAGGUAGGAUAAAAUCAACCAGAGCUGGACUGGCCAUUAUGGAGGAGGAGCUGCAGCAUUCGCACUGUGUGAAUUGUGUCAGUAGACGGUGUAUGACCAGACCAGAGCCUGGGAUUUCCUGUGACUUGAUUGGUUGUCCAUUGGUUUGUGGCGCAGUCUUCCAUUCUUGUAAAGCUGAUGAGCAUCGACUUUUAUGUCCAUUUGAACGAGUGCCUUGCUUAAAUAGUGGCUUUGGAUGUCCAUUUACAAUGGCUCGAAAUAAAGUUGCUGAACAUCUAGAAACAUGUCCCGCAAGUGUGGUGUGCUGUACAAUGGAAUGGAACCGAUGGCCAGUUAGUUAUGCAGAUCGGAAGUCGUAUGAAAAUCUAAGCAGAGAUGUUGAUGAAGUGGCGCAAUUAGAUAUGGCCUUGGCCCUUCAAGACCAAAGGAUGCUCUUAGAAUCUCUCAAAGUAGCCACCAUGAUGUCAAAAGCGACUGAUAAAGUAUCACAACCUAGAGAACAAAUAUCAGUUAAAUCAGCUGUUCCAGAGAUACCACAUGCUAAUGGUUUGGUGUCUGUUGAUGAAGAAUCUUAUGGUGCACUUUAUCAAGCUACUGUAGAAACAACCAGAAGUUUGGCUGCUGCUUUAGAUAUCCUGAACACCGCCACAAGAGACAUUGACAUGUUAAGUACGAAUCUUCCUGCUUCCUCAAGUGAAAUGAACGAAGAGCAAAAUGCCAGAGAAAGCUUACAGAAUAGGAACUUGAAAGACCAAGACCAUGUUUAUGAGGAUGAGAUAGGAGCAGUAGGUGGAAUUGACCAUAACGAUACAAAUCAGAAUGCCCAAUCUGAACAAAAUGGUUCAAGUGAUUUGUUAUGUGACUUGGAUACCAGUUCUUAUGACACUUCUGCUCUUUGUAAUGGCCUUCCUAUGGAAAAUAUAUGUACACAGGUCAUAGACCAGAACCAGAAUUUACAUGAUUCUGGAGAAAGUAACUUAACAAAUGGAGAAUGUGUAGCAUCAGAUGGCACUUCAGAACCUUCCAGUUCACUUUCAGUAGCAGCACAACUUAGGGAAGUAAUACCACCUAAUGCUUUGCCUAACGGCACAAUUCAGCAUAUCCUCAUGCCAGAUGACGAGGAUGAAGGAGAAUUGUGUUGGAGAAAAGUAGACUUAGGAGACCUGAGGAAUGUGGAUGUCUUAUCUUUCAGUCAACCUCCUUCAUUCAAAUUUCUUUCCAAUUCAUGUUGGUCUAAACCAAAGGAAGAUAAAGCAGUAGAUACAUCAGAUUUGGAAGUUGCAGAAGAUCCAAUGGGCCUCCAAGGAAUAGAUCUAAUCACAGCAGCAUUACUGUUUUGUCUAGGAGAUUCUCCAGGUGGAAGGGGUAUAUCUGAUAGUCGCAUGGUUGAUAUUUAUCACAUUGACUUUGGAACUCAGACUUUUUCACUUCCAUCUGCAAUAUUAGCUACAAAUACAAUGGUUGGGGAAAUAGCUUCAGCUUCAGCUUGUGAUCAUGCCAACCCACAGCUUUCAAACCCGAGUCCUUUUCAGACACUUGGGCUGGAUUUAGUAUUGGAAUGUGUCGCUAGGUACCAACCCAAGCAGCGUUCAAUGUUUACAUUUGUUUGUGGACAGCUAUUUAGAAGAAGAGAGUUUUCUUCACAUUUUAAGAAUGUGCAUGGUGACAUUCAUGCUGGACUCAAUGGCUGGAUGGAACAGAGGUGUCCUUUAGCAUAUUAUGGCUGUACCUAUUCUCAGCGUAGAUUUUGCCCAUCAACACAAGGAGCAAAGAUUAUACAUGAUCGCCAUUUGAGGUCAUUUGGAGUUCAGCCAUGUGUAUCUACAGUAUUAGUAGAGCCUGCUAGAAACUGUGUGUUGGGAUUACAUAGUGACCAUCUAAGUGGUCUUCCUUUUGAGGUUCUGCAACAUAUUGCAGGCUUUCUGGAUGGCUUCAGUCUAUGCCAGCUUUCGUGUGUAUCCAAGUUAAUGAGGGACGUGUGUGGCAGCCUGCUUCAGUCUCGUGGAAUGGUCAUACUGCAGUGGGGAAAAAGGAAGUAUCCAGAAGGAAAUUCAUCAUGGCAGAUAAAAGAAAAGGUGUGGCGAUUCAGUACUGCAUUUUGUUCUGUUAAUGAGUGGAAAUUUGCUGACAUCCUAAGCAUGGCUGACCACUUGAAGAAGUGCAGUUACAAUAUUGUAGAGAAACGGGAAGAAGCCAUCCCAUUGCCAUGCAUGUGUGUGACACGAGAACUCACGAAAGAAGGACGUUCACUGCGCUCAGUUUUAAAACCUGUACUUUAAAAACUGUAACUCCACUUGCACAUACAUGCAAGCACCUAGUAUAAUUUCUUUGUAAUAUGUGACACUUUAUUAAUGUAUUAAAGAUUACAACAAGCUAAAUUUAUUGUCACUGUGUAUAUAAUGUUUUGAAGUGACAUAUAUUUUUAUAAAGUACUGUUUAGUUGGGAAAAAGUUGCCUUAAUGUUUGAAAUGUGUGAAACUUUUGGAACUUGCUGGACAGGGUAAUCUAAUUUUUUGCUACAUAAUUUUCAGAAUUAGUAUUUUUAAUGGUGUGCAAAUUUUGGUUCUUAAAUUUUUUGCUUCUUAAACGAAUAAGAUCCUGACCAAACAUAUUUCCUCAUGUUUUUGUGGGUUGCAACCCAUACAUUCAAAAGCAAAACUUGGAUUCACAUUUUUGCACAUAGGUUUUUCAGGUGAAAAAUGCAGUUGCUUAAGCAUUGACAUAAGAUCCUUCUAAAGAUUUUAUAUUCUAGUGCUCCCUUUAUACAGUUAUUGACAUGUAGAUGGUCUCCUAAUAUAUACUUAUAUAAUAUUUAAAAUCAUGACUUUGGUAAUGCCAUUUAUUACAUUUUAAAAAUAAUUCACAAAGAUGUAUUCACUGUAUGUAUUUACAGCUCUCAUUCAUAGAGUGGUUCAUACACAACUUUCUUUUUGUUAGAUGCCACAUCCAAAGACUGGCAACAUAUUAUAUGACAGGUUAAAGCAAAACAAACAAAAAGCCUGUGAAUUUAUUUUAAUUUGAAGCUGUUCAUGGUAUUAUUUGCUAGGCAUUUGAUAUUACUGGAGAGGAAAAAAUACCUCAUUUUAAGUUUGAAUUGGGCAUAUUGUGUUAAUAAAUUUCAAGCAUUCAGAAUGCAAAGGGCUUCCCUUUUUUUGUAAGUAUUUAAAAUUUUUGCUUUUUGAUGUUUAAAAAAAUCACAACUAUGUUGUUUUAAGACAUUAAAAAAUGUGAAAUUUGGUAUCUCUGUAAGAUGACAAUCUUGAAAUGCAGAAACCUGUCGUGGUUGACAAUCUCCUUAAAACAGUUCCAGCUUAAUCUCCUAUAGCCUUCUCUAUCAAAAAAGUAAGAACUGCAUCUUUGUGUAAAGAUCAAGGUACAACUGAAAAGUAUUCAAAGACCUAUUCUUGAACUAUUUUAUUAUAGCUUUCCAAUUGAUUAAUACUAUUAUUAACCUGAUGUGGUCAGUUUUAAAAAAUGAAUAUAUCAGUAUUUAGAAACAAAUUGCAAAAAUGGGGACAUGUAUUUAAAUAAUUUGUUUUAAGUAACUUCUGGCAUUUGGUAGUCUGAAAUGGUGACUAGUUACCUUGUUAUAAAAUAUCAAAACUCUAUUGUAUCUUUUCUUCCUACACUUGUCCCUGAGAGUGCUCUAUUGUUACUACGUUCUUGAUUCCCAUAUAUGGCAAUCAGGCUGGGCAGAGGCAUUCCUUGGGCAUUAGAAAAGAAUUCUAAACUGUUUAAAACUUGUUUUGGUUGAAUCAAGACCUUAUUAUUGUUGAAAGAUAUAGCACUAAAGACUAAUCAAUUGUUUCACCUCACCUGUCAUUUUAAUUAGUGGAAUACUUAUUUCUCAGUGCUUAUACUUGCUUUUUCAACUGAGAUUGAAUGACAUAACCAGUCUAUUUCUGUGAAAAAGUCAGAAAUAAGAUAUCAAAUAAUAUAAAAUAUAACUCUGCCUUUUAAACUUUUGUUGAAGAAUGUGUCUGGUUAGGAUAGCACAAACAUUAAGUUUUUGUUUUAUGGUUGUGUUUUUUAAAAUCCUUGGGUUUUAAGUUUAGACUUCUUGUUUCCAUACUUGAUCAUGAGAGAUUUAACAUUUUCCCACCAUUAGUUCUUUUACACAUCGUUGGCUGUUUUCUUUUUUGUUUGUUAUGCCACCAUACUGUUUUGUUAAAAUGUGUUCUUUGUGCAACAUUUGUUCAAAUUCUAAUAAAAUUAAUAUUUUCCCUAUGUGGCUCAGUAACUUAAAAAGGAAAACUUUUAUUUAAAUAAAACUUAAUACUUGUUUAACAAAUUCCAAACACAGUCAUACUGUUUCUGUAGAGUAUGUUUCUGCAUGUUACAAGGAGCUGCUUGUUGAUUACUACUCACCCAUGUUUUACUGGUGAGCAUUAAACUUCUUUUUUAAUAUGGAAAGUUUAUCAGUUAGCUUUCUGUGCCCCCUCAGUGUCUUCUUGAAAGUAGUCCCACCUAUGGGGUAUUGAAAGGCUGAAGAGUUUCUUGCAUUAUUAUUUUUCUAAAACUUGUAAUGGGCACAGUUUAUCUAGCCUUGUAAGCAUGAAAAGAUUUGUAUGACAUCCAAGUGAAUUGUCAUUUGAGAAGUCUUUGUUAGUCUUUGCUAACCAUCAAGAUAAAGUGGCAAGUGUAGGAUGGAGAGAAAUAAUUUGAAUUCACUUUUAUCUGCUGUCUCCUUCCUCAGAACUGCUUGUUAUUUUAGUUCCUUCUUUCCCUCCCUCCCUCCCUCCCUCCCUCUCUCUCUCUCUCUCUCUCCUUCCUCCAUAAACUCUGGGAUUGGAGCCAGCAAUCUGUUUUAACAAAAGACCUUCACGUGAUUAUGAUUCACAGUUAAGUAUGAGAACUUAGAGGAAAGACUGGGACAUGCCAGCUGUUCUCUUGAAUGAUGUGUUACUGGAGUGGGUAAAUGUGUAUGUACAUACAUGUGUAAUCCAAAAUUAUGAGUUAAUAGUUAAGUUAAAUGAUAUAAUUGUGUUAAUAUUAUAACCAUGUGACAAAAUACAUUGGGUACUAUGGUUUUUGGACAUAUUUUUAAAAAGUAGUAUUCACUAUAGUAUUUUAAAUUUACUGUUAUUAGUGUUCUGUUCAAGGUAAAUUGUAAUGCAACUUACAGUUCAUUAGCACUUACAUUUAGCCUAGUUAUCAGUUUUUCUCUUGUUUAGUGGUUACAGGGUGAUGUGAAUGUAUUAGAUUUCUAGGAUAAGUAAAGAGAGUAGAAGUAGAUAAAUACUGGAUUAAAUCCUACAAAAAUAUUUGUAGGAAUCCUUUCAACCCUAUCAAUGAAGGAUUUUAAAGGUUGAAUUGUUGGUUUAUCAAUAGCAUAAAAUCUUUUUUGGUCUUUGACCCUGUGUUGCAUACAUACCCCAUCAAUAUUGUUGCUGUUAUUUGCUAUCUCUUAGAAUUGGGUAUUGGGAUCAUAGUAACAUAGAAGAUAAUGGGGUCAAUAAAACAUCCAUAUUCUUUGAAGACAGGGUAGUUUUAUUAUUACAUUGAUAACAGAUUUUUACCUCUGGUGGUUUGAAUGCAUUGUUUGGCAUUUAGAAGCAAAACACAUUUAAGUUUUGCAUCUCAGCUUAAGAAUGGGGUUUAUUAAUUUUUAAAAAUGUCUAAGGAAUAGUUAUGCAGACAUAAAAAAAUGUGUGUGUUUCAUGCAUGACACACCACAUUAGAAGGUGAUAUGACUGGGUCCUGCCUGCAGAGGUGGGUGUUUAGAACUGCAGCAGAAGGAAAGCAAUUGGCCCUCAUUCUUUCAAAAGGCUGGACUAAGCCUUUGAUGGAAAGAAUUUCUUGGAUAUGUGUUUGGCUGAUUGGCUAAAUACUGUUCUAAGUAAUCUUACUUAACAUGCUCACCAGGCCUAGGAAGAGAAUGUUAGUUAUGCCUUUAAACAAAAUCAACUCAUCAGUGACUUGUCCAUUGUGUUAAAAUAAUUAAAUAUGGGUUUCCUUAGGAUUUGAUCUAAAUCUGAUUUCAAACAAAAACAUAUGUAGAAGUAGAGGCCAACUCUAAAGGCGUAAACUUUCUAAAUAAGGAAAGAAGAGUGGUUUCUAAAGUCACCUUCCAUGGAAUUACAGUACUUCGAUUCAAAGUAAAUUCAAAAGAUGUUCUUUCAAGUUUCCAAUAUAUGGAUAGAAAACUGCGGUUCUCCAAGUUUAGGGACUGAUGAGUGUGGAGGUAUCUGAGAGAAAUGUGUCCCGGCAUGGUUCAUUUUUUUACUUUACAAAUACAGAAAGAGAAAGGACAUUUAGAUAUAAGGAAAUUACUUUGGAAAAUAUUGUUGCCUAGAAUGUUUGAUUCCUAAUAAGUGUUCAGAAAGAGUUUUGGGUAAUACCAAAAAGAAAAGUAGAAACUAAGUAAGAUACGUUGCUCUGAAAAUCCUUUGCAAAAACUAGUGUCUUGCUGAAAUGUUUUCAAGUGUUUUAUUGCAUCUGUGAAUAGUAAAAUUCUAUAAAUUCAUUGUUUAUAUGUAUAUUUAUUUGCAUGUAUAAUCUCCAUAAAUUGGCCAAGUAGAUUUUAAUACAUCUUGAGAUGUAUUAAUGGAGAUACAUCUUGAGGUGCUUUUUUCUAAAUGUUAGAAUGUUUCAAAACUGACAUUUUUUAUUCAGAAUAUUUGAUGUUCCAGUGUAUUAUGUGGGAAGUGACUUUUCAUUCAUUUAAUGAACUACUAAGAAAUGGUUAAAAGGAUGAAUUGUAAAAUGCUUUAUAAAAAUACAGUAAAAACUCAUUGAUAUGAAUCUUAUAUAUUUUUAAAAUAUUUUUGACUUGCUGGACUGAAGUGAGGAUUCUUUACUAUGAAGAAAAGCAUUUCUAAAGCAAACUGAAAAACAAGGGAAAUAAGUUUCUUUUUUCACUAACACCAAUAAAAUCUCAAGCACUCCCAAAGUCAUUAUUAGUCCAUUUGCAUGCAAAUAUGAUAGGAGAUGGUUCUUCAAUGCAUAGCUAGUUCUAGUGGUGGUAAUAGUGUAUGUGUUUGAAAGUUACAAAACAACAUUUCUGUUGAAUUCUUUAAGAUUGGCAAAAUCAUCAGGUCAAAUUAUCCUUUCUCAAUAAAAGCAGAUUAAUCAGGUUUAAUUUUUUACCUUUUUCUAAUAUAAAUUUAGAAUUUUCUCAGACAAUAUCCUUAAACAGAUAAAUAGGUUGAUAUGUGUUGGUUCAUUCCUUGGCAGAGGGACUGACUAGUUAGAUUUCUAUACCAGUCAAAGAGUAACAUUAACUUACAUUAUUAUUAUUCAGUGGUCUAAUAUAAGAACAGUAGCAGUAAUUUCUUAUUGCUCAAAAGAUUGAAGUUGAAAAAAGGAGAUCCUGCCCUUUGCUGUUCUCCUAGAUGCUUUUUUCAUUAAAAUCCCUUCUCCCCACCCCCAUUAAUUUUCAUUAUUGCUUUUUAUCCCAUAACUUGAAUUUUCUUACCAGGUGAUCAAAAAACCUAGUUUUGCUAAUCAGCCUGUGAUUAGUAAUUUUUGUCCAUACGUUUAUAUUUUAUUAAGUAACUUAAACUUCUUUUAAAGUAUCUCAGCUCAAACAUUUGUAGUAUGGAAAAAUUGAAGUAUCAUCAUUCAGGUUUAACUGUAUUAUUUGAUUAGAAGAAACCAAACCAUAGAAAUGGAAGCCAUAAUGGGUACUGCAUCCGGUCAAGAGUAGAACUAUCCAAUGAAUAUUUAUGUCAAAUGGAUGGCUUCAUAUCAAUUGAUAACUUUUAAAAAUUGUUACCUGUAUUAGGAAGAGAUUUGAAGUAAAGUGGAGAAUAGUAUUGAUUCCCUACAUUCCAAUAGUUUUGUGAUGAAAACUAUGACACGAAUUGCUUUGAAUGAUUAAUAAUUUGGUGGACAUGAAUUCUAAAGAUUUUUAUGCUGCAUUUAAAAUGUUAACGCUGUAUUGUUCAUUUGAUCAGUGUUUAAGCACCAGUCAAUCCUGAAAACUUGAAUUGCAUUCUGAAAGGUAAUUGCACUGACUCCUUUACUUACCUCAGAGGUCAUUAUAUCUCUUUUUGAUGAUUUACAUUAAUAAGUGUUUUCUUCUUAAAUGUGAAUGGAUAUGGUUUUUCUUGAAAAAAGUAUUAAGUGAAAAGCUAGAGACAAAAGGCCACAUAUUGUAUGAUUCCACUUACAUGAAAUACGUAUCCAGAAUGGGCAAAUCCAUUGAGACAAAUCAGAUUAAUGGUUGCUAGGAGCUGGGGAAGUGACUGUUAAUGGGUACUGGUUUCCUUUUGGUGAUGAAAAUAUGCUAGAACCAGAUAAUGUGGAUUGCACAACAUUGAAUUUUCUAAAUGCCACUGAAUUGUACAACUGUGACAGUAAUUGGCUUCAAUGUCAACGUUCAUUUUUCACCUUUUACAUUUUUUUAUGAUUCCUUGUGGCACAUGUCAAUUGAAAGGUCCGUAUUUAAUAUCAUGCUUUGAAAAAAUUUAUAAAUAAUUUUCAGGAUUAUUUUUAUAGUUUUAUACUUUGUUUUCUUUUAAAGAACAAAUACAAUGAUGUGUUAGAUAAGACUAAAUUAAUAAAUUGAAUUGCUGUA